CAUUUCAGUUAGCGUCUCGCUUAUCUAAUUUGAGGAUUAACUUCCUGGACUGCAUCGGCACCCUUUGCCUACACCCUUCUCUUGACAAGUGACAGUGACAAUCGACACAGUUUAAGUCUCAAGAUUUCUUGCACUUGCAUGUACCACAGACGCUUGAUAUGCCGCCGUGUUCAUGCUGGCCACCAAUGAGCAACGGCAGCCCCGUGCCUCCGCUGCUUCCCUCUGGCUCCAUUCUUUUGCAGAGAUCUCCGGUUCUGAACAUGGGCCGCACAGCUAGUAGCUCUCGGACUUGCUGUCAUGUUUCCCAACUCUGAGGUAUCAGCGCUUAUACGUUAUAUCAUGGCAUCUUCAAGUGGAAAGAUCUCUCGGCCAUUGAAACUGAACAUGGCAGAUGUCUUGACUGAGGACCAGGAAUAUGCCUACCCUCUAGAGUCUCAUCGGGAACACGCCGCACUGAGUGGCCCCGUCUAAUUCGAUCGCUGAUCAAUGGUAGUUCUCAUUCCCUGAUGCUGUUGUGGGGACUGCAUUGAUUUCUUCGUCCAAACUUAUUAUUUAGCCUGCCAAGAUGCGGGACCCAAGUGGCUUUCAUUGCUGGUCAAGCACCGCCUAAAAGUGGUUGAUCUGGUUUCGAAUUACUUCCAGAGGAUGUUCACCACGGUCGUGCACGCGGAGAAGAAAUUCCCCUGAACAAUCUCCUGACCGUGCAUUGCUACCAGGAUUCCACUGAACACUCCAUUCAGUUGCGUUUUUCCAUUGACUUUGGUUCCAUUCAAAUACUUGCGCCUCCGACUCCCUCGAUCUUGCGGCUUUUUUAUUAGAAUAAUUGUUGUUAAAACUUCUCUGCACGGAACAUGUCAUGCCAAUUGACCAUUACGAAUUACCAGAAAUAACUUGACGGCAGAAAUCCGGUGCAUAUUCACAUUUCGCGAUUGAAGAGAGGAGUUGUACAUAGUUCUUGUAUUGCAAUUCUUGGUGCUGAACACAACUCUCAUGAUCUGAUUUUUCCGAGAGUAUACUCAAUCAACGUACGCCUCAAUGGCACCAUCUGCGACAAGCCUGUUUCCGCCAGCUGGAAGCUACGUCGUUCCUGAAGCUACGGCCGGAGAUAGUAAUGGGAUUCUCAAUGGUGGCGACAAUGGCCAUAGCCGAAUUUCAAAUGCCAGUGGCGAUAGGAUAGCGGAGCCUUAUACAGCUGGUUAUACACAUGGCUACACACAAGGAUAUAUAUCAGGAUUGACGGAGCCUGAACGGCCCAAGCAGAUGCCAAUUGCUAUUGUUGGAAUGUCAUGCCGCCUACCAGGCAAUGUCAGCACACCGGAUGAGUUUUGGGAACUGUGUUCUCGAUCGAGAAGUGGGUGGACAGAAGUUCCAAAGGAACGCUUCAACAGCACAAGCUUUCAUCAUCCGAACCCUGGCAAGCGUGGAUGCUUCAAUGCUGCUGGAGGAAACUUUCUUAAGGAGGAUAUUGGACUUUUUGACGCACCUUUCUUCAGUCUCACAUCACAGGAGGCGACAUCUAUGGAUCCGCAGCAGCGAAUUCUCCUUGAGUGUACCUUUGAAGCUCUGGACAGUGCCGGAAUCCCCAAACACGAGAUUGUAGGGAAGAAUGUUGGAGUGUUCAUUGGCGGUUCAUUUGCUGAAUACGAGUCACAACUGUUUUCGGACACAGAGUCAAUUCCAAUGUAUCAAGCUACUGGAAACGCAUUCGCGAUGCAGUCAAAUCGCUUAUCACACUUUUUCGACCUCCGAGGACCUAGUUUUACCAUGGACACUGCUUGUUCUUCCAGUCUCGUAGCUCUACACCAGGCGUGUCAGAGCUUGAGGAUAGGCGAAUCGCAGGUGGCUAUUGUUGGAGGUUGUCAUUUGAAUACACUGCCGGAGUUCUGGAUAUCUAUGUCAAUGUCACGGCUCUUUUCAGACGAGGGAAGAUCGUUCUCGUUUGACAGCCGUGGCACAGGAUACGGUCGCGGAGAGGGAUGUGGUAUGGUCGUUCUGAAACCUCUAGAACAAGCAUUGAGGGACAAUGAUACCAUACGCGCUGUCAUUGUUGGAAGUGGAAUAAACCAAGAUGGCAAAACUCCUGGAAUAACUAUGCCGAAUGGAGAGGCUCAAGAAUCGCUUAUUCGAUCGGUGUACGAUAGUGCUGGUAUCAAUCCACGAGAUACUGGUUACGUCGAGGCCCAUGGCACAGGUACGAAAGUGGGCGAUCCAAUCGAAGCCACAGCACUGCGGAACGUUUUCGGUGAAGGUCGAACGGCUAGAAUGCCACUCUUUGUUGGAUCGGUUAAAUCUAACAUUGGCCACCUUGAAGCUGCCUCUGGCAUAAUAUCAGUGAUCAAAACAGCAAUGAUGCUUGAGCGAGGAUUUAUACUGCCCAAUCACGACUUCAAGAAGCCAAAUGAAAAGAUCCCCCUUGCUAAAUGGAAUCUCAAGAUUCCCGUCAACCAAUGUCCGUGGCCAAGGGGCAAACGCUUUGCAAGCGUGAAUGGGUUUGGCUUUGGCGGGACCAACUCUCACAUCAUCAUGGAAAAAGCACCUUUCUUAAAGAAGAAUGAGCUUGAUGUUCCAGAGACACAAGAUCCCACCGUUCAAACAAGAAAGCUUUUCGUCCUCUCGGCCAACGACAAAAGCGCCCUCGAGAUAAUGAUGAAGAACAUGGGCAUAUACUUGGAGCAAAGACCAGAAAUAUUCCAAAGCGAACUCAUGAGUAAUGUUGCGUACACACUUGGACAGCGACGCUCCUUGAUGCAGUGGAGAGUGGCCAUCUCCACUCCCACUUCGUUUGAACUUAUUGAGACUUUGAACUCGGGCAAAGCGACACCCACACGCCAGACAGAAUCACCCCGUAUUGGCUUCAUCUUUACUGGACAAGGGGCUCAGUGGAACGCGAUGGGACGCGAGCUUUAUGACCAUUACCCUAUUUUCCAAGCUACUAUGGACGCUUGUGAAGACUGCUUGAUUUCAUUUGGGGCUCCAUUCUCACUCCUCGCCGAGCUCAAAAAAGAUGUAGAGACUUCCGCUAUUAACGAAGCACACAUCAGCCAGCCUGCAUGUACUGCAAUUCAAUUAGCAGUGACUGAUCUGCUAUGUUCUUGGGGAAUCACUCCCGCAGCCGUCGCGGGUCAUUCAAGUGGAGAAAUUGCCGCUUCUUAUGCUGCAGGAAUUUUGCCACUGGCUUCGUGUAUGGCGAUCUCCUACUAUCGUGGAAUGGCCAUUGUGAGCUUGAAGAAACAGUUCCCUGGUUUGAAAGGAGCCAUGAUGGCUGUUGGGGCAAGCAAGGAAGAUAUUGCCCCUCUCAUUUCUCAGUUGAAGGAGAAGGAGGUUAGAAUCGCCUGCUUCAACAGUCCAUCGAGUUUGACGGUUUCCGGAGACGAGCCUGCUCUUGACGAGCUGCAAGGUCUAAUCGAAGCAAAACAAUUCUUCAAUCGCAAACUUCAGGUCGAUGUGGCAUAUCACUCUCAUCACAUGAAGCUUGUGGCGGACGAAUACGAUGAAACUCUUGACUCCAUCGAGCAGCCUCUUGUUACUGAUGUCAAAUUUCAUUCAUCUCUCUAUGGAAAUCUAGUGGAGGGCAGCAAGCUUCAGCCAUCUUACUGGGUCGAUAAUCUCACCAAACCAGUGCGGUUCUCCGAAGCGCUGACGAGCAUGUGCAAACCCGUAGAUGGCUACAAAACAGGAGUCGACAUUAUUGUAGAGAUAGGGCCACACUCUGCUCUGGCUGGGCCUGUGAAACAAAUUCUCAAAGCGAAUGGUGCGAACACCAUGGCCAUUCUCUACGCCUCUGCUUUGAUCCGAAAGAAGGAUGCAGUGGAAUCAGCCAUGGACUUAGCAGCUACCCUGUUUGUCAAAGGCGCAACCCUCAAUCUAGGUGCUGUCAAUUUUCCUCGUCCGAGAAAAGCACCUCUACUGCUUGUCGACAUGCCCCGAUAUCCUUGGAACCACCAAACCAAGUACUGGCACGAGUCAAGAAUAUCUCAAAAACACAGGAACCGUUCAGCUCCACGAAACGAUACUUUGGGAACACUGGCCAAUUACUCGAACGAUUUGGAGCCCACCUGGAGGAACAUUUUGCGGAUUGAUGAAGUUCCUUGGCUGCGACACCACAAAAUUCAGGGGCUGACUCUUUUUCCAAUGUCGGGAUUCCUCUCGAUGGCAAUAGAAGGUGCAUCUCAAAGGGCAGACUCGCGUGGUACCCAUUUCGAUACUUUCGAGCUCCGCGAUGUGUUCGUCACCGCGCCGCUCAUGAUGACAGACCAAGAUGUCGAGACGACUCUUCAAAUCCGACCACAUCAAGAUGGUUCUACUUUGUCAUCAGAAUCAUGGGAAGAGUUUAGAAUCCACUCAUACAUCGACGGCAAGGGUUGGACCGAGCACUGCAAAGGCCUGAUCGCUGUUCGUGGUGCGGACCCUAGUGACUUUGAUCAUGCCAGAACUCUCCACGACGCUAAGGUAUCACUACAAUCUAGUGUCGCCAAAAUCCAAAAUGGUGCAUCCAACGUUGUGAACAAAGCACUAAUGUACAGCUCGCUAUCUGAUCUUGGCGUUGCAUACGGGCCUACUUUCCAAGGAUUAGCCAACUGCAUGGCAAGUAAUGCGUGCUCCGUAGCCACCAUCACAGCCGAGGACACCUCACAGGAAAUGCCACUCGGCAUCCAAUCAAGCCAUGUUAUUCACCCAGCCUUCUUGGAGCAACUCAUUGAGAUGUAUUGGCCUAUCUUUGGUGCUGGUCGGACUUCACUCGACACGGUCUACCUACCGUCUUCAAUUGGAAGUAUGAGUAUCUCUCACAACAUCACAGAGCUAACGAAGAUCCCUGGAAGCUCUCUUCAAGCAUUUUGUCAAGGAGCAGCCCUUCUCAAUCAUCCUAAGCCUGUUCAGGUCUCCAUGUUUGCCACAGCCAUUGACGAUCCGGAUACUGCCAUCAUUCGUAUCAACAAUCUAACGGUUGCACCAAUUUUGGAGCGAGAGACAGUAUCAGAGGAAGAGGCAUAUCGAGAGUUAUGCUACAAAUUAGAAUGGGAACUGGUUGUUGAUAACCCUCAGAUGUCGAACGGCGACUCUCAAAGGACAAAUGGCAUCGCAAAUGGUGUUGCUCAGGCGGUUAUUAACGGCUCCCUGUCAAAUGGUAGCGCAACUAAUGUGUUCGGAGAAGUAGCAAUUAUUCAUGGAGAUUCCGGUGCACAAGUUCUACUAGCCUCAAGAGUUGCCGAUACACUCGAAAUCUCUAUAGGACAGAGACCAGAGAUCGGCACACUUGGAAAGGUCCAAGUUAAAGAGAAGCUUUGUAUUUUCCUCUCAGAACUUGAGAAACCGCUACUCUCUACGCUCGAACCGGCUCAGUUUUUGGAGCUGCAAUCAGUCUUGAUCACAGUUCAAGGGAUUUUAUGGGUCGUUCGAGGCGCAUAUGCACACUCAGACAGCCCAGACUCCAAUAUGGUCACAGGUCUGAGUCGAAGUAUUCGAUCCGAGGCCUUACUCAAAUUUGCUACGCUGGAUCUGGAUUCACAUUCAAAACUGUCGGAUGAGUUUGCAUCAAAAACAAUCUCGAGCGUUUUUGAAUAUGUAUUUGCUGGUGAAGCUGGAGGACAUUGUGACUUGGAAUUUAUGGAGAGAAGCGGGUCGCUGUUCACCCCACGAAUCGUCAAUGAUGACGAGAUGAACAAGUAUGUGCAUAAGCAAACCAGUACUUCGGUACUAGAGCCCACACCGUUUGCUCAAGAUGGUCGCGCCCUGAAGAUGGCGAUUGGAACUCCGGGGGCUUUUGAGACCCUGCAUUUCAUAGAUGAUGAGUCCACAGGAUUAGAACUUGCUGAAGAUGAGGUUGAGAUUGUCGUGAAAGCAGUCGGUAUGACCUCUCGGGAGACCAUGAUCGCGAUGGGCCAGGUCGACACCACUGAGUUCGGUUCCGAGUUCAGUGGAAUCGUCACCAGAAUAGGAAGCAAAGUCAGCAGUAUCGCAGUGGGCGAUCGUGCUACUGGCAUUUCAACAUCCCACAGCACAUACUCAAACUACACACGUGCUAAGGCAGCUUUCAUAUUCAGAAUCGACGACAAGAUAAGCUUCGAGGAUGCUGUUUCCAUUCCCAUCGCAUUUUGUACUGCUUAUUAUGGUAUCAUGGACCUUGCGCGCCUCGAAUCUGGCGAAAGAGUUUUGAUCCAUGGCGCUGCUAGCCCUGCAGGCGAAGCUGCUGUCUCCUUAGCAAGCCUUGCUGGAGCUGAUGUAUUCGCUACUGUUGGAAACCAAGAAGAGAAAGAUCGCUUGACGAGCAGGUACAAGAUUAAUGGUGAUCAAAUUUACUCCAUCUACUCAUCUACCUUCAGUCCAGCAUUACAUCAAGCAACAGCGGGUAAUGGUGUUGAUGCUGUCCUGAACUGUGUCAGCACUGACUCCGAGGCAUCCCAGAAGCUGUGGGAGAGCCUUGCGAAAUUCGGGCGCUUCGUUGCCAUCGGCAAGACAUCGAAGUUCGAUGCUACCCGCGUAGACAACAACGCGAGCUUCAUGUCAGUAGACUUACUUUCCAUUGCCAAUGACCGCCCGCAGAUCAUGGCUCGUCUUCUAUCCAGGAUAUAUGAACUGCUAAGCAAUGGAAAGAUAAGUCCACUCGGAUCAAUUACUACCUUCCCUGUUUCCGAUAUCGAAACCGCGUUCAAGGUUCUGAGCAGCGGCAAUGUAAGUGGAAAGUUAGUCGUCGUGCCACGGGAUACCGACCAAGUCAAAGUGAGUUCUUCUGCGCAACUCCCUCAAACCCCAAUUGACGCCAAUGUAGGCCACCCCUUCAAGCAACAAGAGCAAAUUACUUCACCCAGAUGCUUCAUAUAUCCUCGUCGGAGGGACUGGAGGUCUUGGACGAAGUAUGGCGAGAUGGAUGGUCAGCAAAGGUGCUCGGAACCUCGUUCUGCUUUCAAGAACCGGCUCCACUACCGGGAAAAUCAAGCAGCUUAUUGAUGAGCUCGCACCUCUUGGAGCCACCAUCGUGGUAAAAUCUUGUAAUGCUGCCGACACCACCUCGGUGGAGACUCUGAUCUCCAGAGAGCUUGUGGACAUGCCACCCAUUAGAGGUGUUGUGCACGGAGCCAUGGUGCUUAGAGAUGUGUUGUUCGAGAAGAUGACAUACGACGAGUACACGACUGUAAUAGAAGCCAAAGUCCGCGGCGCCUGGAACUUCCACAAUGCACUGGGGGACACACCCCUCGACUUCUUCGUCGCUAUUUCCUCCGCAGCUGGUGCCGUAGGUAACAGGGGCCAAGCAGCCUACGCAGCAGCCAACACCUUCCUCAACGCCUUCGUGCAAUAUCGCGUUAAUCUCGGUCUACCAGCUUCAUCAAUCGAUCUCACUGCCGUAUCCGAUGCAGGAUACCUCGCAGAGAACGCCGAAGCUGCUGCCGAAGUUGCGAAAAAUCUUGGUAGUGACACGAUCUGUGAAGCUGAGGUACUAGCUUUACUGGGUGCUGCCAUCAGCGGUCGUCUGGCUAUAUCAUGCAACAGUCACACCAUCACAGGUGUGCACAUCACGCCCAGCAACCCAUUCUGGACCAACGACGCCAAGUUCAAGCACUUGCGUCUCGCUGCGGAACAGCUCGCCAAAUCCGAGACAUCUUCCAACAGUGAUGCCAUCGUUUCCUUCCACUCUGCCCUGAAAGCCAGCAAGACUAUUGAAGAGGCACAAGAUGUGGUCUGUCGCGGCUUGUUGAAUAAAUUGCCGUCCGUGCUCAUGAUUGAGGAGGAGGAUAUGGAUAUAACGCGUCCGCUGACGAAUUAUGCGCUUGACUCACUGGUGGCGAUCGAAGUGAGGAACUUUAUUACGAGGGAGUUUGAGGCAAACUUGCAGGUCUUGGAGCUGUUAAGUAGUGGAUCGAUUGAGAGUCUUGCGAAGGUCAUUUGUGGAAAGAGCAAGAUUGUGAAUUUGUGAGAAUGCGCAGGGGGAACAGACGGCACUUUAAGGUUGCGAGAGGGAUAAAUAGACAGAAUUGGGGCGGAGUUGGUUUGUGCUUUUUGGAAUUCUUAGAAUGCUUCUAGAAGUAGAUCUUCAGUCGUAUACAUAUAAACAAAGGCAUAUCUGUUGCUUGAAAAACUAUGAUUCACUGGCCUUGCAUCAUUGACUCUAUGUACGUGAUUUGCCUGAAAUACAGUAUGGUAGGCGUGAAGACCAGGAACAGAAAAUAAUGUAAAAGUCUUUCUGGCUGACAAUGACACGACAGUUACCGAGGUACAUGGAACCUCAUAGGGACUAAUGUAUUUGGAAAUUUAAUGAGAGAGCGACGCUACGAGCUGAACUUGGAAACAACAGUCACUUUCCGGCUUUAGAAGCAGACCCAGUGGAAGGAAAGUAGUCACCUAAUAAAUAGAAACCUGUUCCCAAUGUGAAUACGAUGAAUUAUCAAAUAUCGGAACAAUUCACAGCAGAGUCGAUAAACAAUAGAAAGGUUAAUGUGUCCUCGGGCUCUGAAGCCGACAUGAAAAGCAGUAGUUGCAAAGCUGGAGCGAAGCUGGAGCGAAGCAAGGAACCAUCGAUAAUAUUUCACGUGCCGCUGAGAAUACGUUCAAAAGAGGAGCCAGUCGUCGGAUCUGUUGCGGUGGCGGUGAGCCAUGAAAUUUUAUGCCAAACUCUGCUGCAGUGGUGUAGUCUGGAGUGCCGAAUACUGAGCAAGGUAAUGGUUGAUAAGGGCUUCAGUUACGGCUGAACGGUAGUUCGGUAACGGUCUGCUGGAAGAGCCGAUCGCAAUUGAGCUUGAGAGACUUCAAGUAGAUUGAGAUUUGCUCUGCUGUGCUAGCCACAACUCUCAAGGAGAGUGAAAGUUCUGUUGCAUGCCCGGUGUCCAGUCCGAGUCAGACAGCUACAAUGGCGGUCGAGCGAGACAUCUUCACUUCUCCAUUUUCAACCUCAAGAGUCCCCCAUUCUUUCCCUGUGAUGGCUGACCGCACAAUAGUUUUUGGAGCAACCCAGUCUGGUGACUGUUUGAGGUCAUGGGUAAGCGUUGUGGCGUAAUUCGUCAUGAGAACAUUUGCAGCUUCAUCGUUUUCCUCCCAAGCCAGAACAGUCAAUUCUUGCAAAGCAGUGAGGUCUUUGAUCUCACUCCAAAACAAAUACUUUCUACCAUACACUUCCUCAUCCAGGUCCAGGACCAUGUACUUGACUUUCUCAGAGUCGUCUCCUCCGUAAUACCCACCAGCUAGGAACAAGUCUAGGCGGUAUGGAGCGGGUCCAGCCUUGAUCCAUUCGGCAUCUCUGGCAAGGUAUUCGGCUUCAUGGCCAUUACCGAAGCGUAGAAUGUCUACCGAGAAGUUGAAAUAUAUCUUUGCUGCAUGGAAAUGAGAUCCGAAAGCGAGUUGAUAAGACUUGAGGCCUUCAACUCGGGACUCAUGGCAGAUAUGAAGGAUGAUGGGAGCUGGUUCCGGGGUACCCCAACCAUCGAAUCUGCUGAUAGUCUUUCCCUUGUGUCGGGUAGCUUGGCUUCCGUAUGUGAUAGUGACAGUUCGUGGUCCUUGAGCGAUACAAUGCCAUAUCUUGAGGCGAAGCUCGAAUGGGAGUUCACGGAAGAGGGUGAAUGUUGUGAGGGUGGUAGAAGAGUUCAUGAUGCAAGAAUUUAAGAAUGCCUGUAGGUGAACAGAACAAGAGAUGUCAAAUGGAUUCAAAGGGCUCGUAUGAUGAAAUAGAGAGAUACUUAUGUAGACGGACAGUAAAUAACAGCCUUGCUG